UGGCGGUUAUAGGCAAUAAAGGUGUAUGCAUGUUAUUUUGUGAUAUUGAAAACAACAUGGCUGCCGGCUGAAACAACACUGAAUGAGGGAAGAAGCCAGGAAUAACUGGCAACCAGUGUUUAUUGUUGAAAUAUUACCACAACCAACUUUGCCUAAUUUGGAAAUAUUUUACUAAAGAAACCGUUAAAGAGGAUACACCGAAGUCGUCAUAAUAAUUAAAGUUUCAAGAUGAUGUGCGAUAUUAUGCCGACCAUCAGUGAGGAUCGAACGAGCAACAUCGGUGCAGAUGGAGCUGAAGAAGAAGAAGACAAGGCAAAUCUUGAGCAACUUAUGGUUACUGUGUUGGAUGAACGAGACAAAUUAGUUGAAACUCUGCAGGAGGUGAAAGACAACUUGGCUACCACAAACUCAAAGCUGGCAGAAGUUGAAAAAGAAAGGGAAUUUCUACUAAAACAACUCAACAAUACCAUGCCACCCGAUUAUGCAAGUUUAACAAAGGAGCUUAACCAUGCAAGGGAAAGACUUCUUGAGUGCACUGAAGAAAUAAAUGACAUGAAAUCUGAAAGAAACAAUACCAGGCUUUUGCUUGAACAUUUGGAAACUCUAGUCUCGCGUCAUGAAAGAUCGCUUCGAAUGACUGUGGUCAAGCGGCAACAGCAACAAAAUGCCGGCGUCUCCUCCGAGGUGGAAGUUUUAAAAGCUCUUAAGUCUUUGUUUGAACAUCAUAAAGCAUUGGAUGAAAAGGUAAGAGAGAAAUUAAAAGCAGCAUUGGAACGUGAGAUGCAUUUGGAAGAACUGUUGGAAUCGUCCAGUAGAGAAAAUAAAGUUCUUCGUGAACAAGUCAACCAACUUAAGCUACAGAAUCAGAGUGGAAGUGAUGAAAGCUUAAAGAAAAGCAACGACACAAAGAUUAAAAACGGAACUCCGAUAACAAAUGGUAAUUGUGAAGUAGAAGAAGAAGCAAACCGGAUCGUUCUCCUUCAAGAAACGAACGAAAAACAAUCAGCCGAACUCAACCAUGUCCGGCAUCGAGUAAACACAAUGCUCUCAAGGAUCGCAGAGCUGGAAGAAAGUCUUCAAAUUGCACGUAAAGAUUUGAUGCGAUCAGAAGAGGUGAGCAAUCGGACACAAAAAGAAUAUCGAGAUGCAAAUAAGAGUCGACUGGAGAUAGAUGAACGUGUGACCACACUUGAAAGAAGAUACCUCAAUGCUCAACGUGAAGCAGCUUCUGUUCAUGAGUUGAAUGAUCGAUUAGAAGCAGAACUUGCAAAUCGAGAGGCUGGCAUGAGACAGCUUGAAGAAAGGAAUGACAUUUUACAAGAAAGAAUUAAAUCGGCUGACCUUAAGCUCCAGCAAUCUCUACGUAGAGCUGAAGCUUUGCCGGAGGUUGAGGCUGAACUUGCCCAGCGAGUAGCAGCGCUCACAAAGGCAGAAGAACGACACGGUAAUGUUGAAGAGAGACUAAAAUCAAUGGAGUCAAAGCUUGAGGAAAAAUCACAAGAGCUGGCAAGAGCAAGGCAACGUGAGAAGAUGAAUGAAGAACACAACCAACGUUUAUCGAGCACCGUGGAUCGCUUGCUUGCAGAAUCGAAUGAAAGAUUACAACUUCAUCUGAAAGAAAAAAUGGCUUGUCUGGAAGAAAAGAACUUUUUGACGUCUGAAUGCGAUAAAGUGAAGAAGCUGCUUGAGGACUCGACCGUUGAUAAGGAACGACUUCAGAGAGCUGCUGACAAAUUACAUUCAGAACUUAACAUUUACAAAGCGUCAAAGACUUCAUCAUUAGAUCGUAGUUCCACCUCCAUCAUCCCUCACUCCAUGACAUCCCGGACUGUCCAGAGUCUUCCAAGAGUAGCAGGAAGUACUCCGGACCUCACUCAGCAUCGUCGGAUCUUCCCAUCCUCUGCAUCAGCUGUUCCUGUGAUGCCGGAGCAUUAUGUUGAAGCAGAUGGAAGCAAUAUACCUCAUUAUGCAACAUACAGACCUGGUGGAGACAACUACCUUCGACCUUCAAAAGCGAGGGUUGAUACUUUAAGACAUGACCCUGAUAAGGUUCAUACACUCAAUGAACAGGAAUGGGAGCGUGCCCAGCAAGCUGAUAUUCUGUCUCAAGUACAGAAAGCCUUUGAAGGAAGUUCUGCUUCAUUACAACCGUCAAUAUGCACCACAACUGUCACUUCAGAAAUGGAUGACAGUAUAUACUCUGCUGUGGAUCUGCUGUCACCUGGUGGUCAAACAGAUGCACAAUCUCUUGCUCACAUGUUGCAGGAUCAACUGGAUGCUAUUAAUCAAGAAAUAAGCAUACUCCAGGAGGAGAAGAUCUCAACUGAAAGGAGGGCUGAAGAAAUUGAACAAAGAGUCACAGAGCCGAGAAGACCGAUGUUCCAGCUCGACAGCGGAGCCGUGGUUUAUCCUGGGGGUAAUAUGACCCCAAGAUCUCAACCCACAUAUACUAAUUCCUCACCUUCAAGAUAUGACAGAAGUGGGCAAGGUCGAACAUUAGAUCCAGAUGAUUCCAAAAUAUCCCUGGAUGGUUCAUGUGGUACACCUAACAGCAGUGCUGGUAGUCAAGAAUCUAUCCAGAAGGGUUCAACCCCCCCUGCUGUUCCCAACCCUUCUAGCAAAAAGAAAAGUGUAAUAAAGUCCUCAAUAGGUCGUCUGUUUGGAAAGAAAGAUAAGAUUCGAAUGUCGCGCCAUCAUCAGCUGGCAGUGGCCAACAACACUUCGUUCGCCAACAUGAGUGAACAGAUGUCCGGAUCCGGUUCAACGGUUUCAGUCACAGAUGACCGGUCAACGUCUAAUGACUCGCUUGACAUUGUCAGUACCGGUCAUCAGAGGGAGCAAGAGAGAAGAAUGAAAAAGAAACAUGAAAACCUUGAAGAAGUAAGAAGAUGUGGAACACCAUUUGCUGCUUGGAAUGGACCUACAGUUGUAGCUUGGCUAGAGUUAUGGGUUGGCAUGCCUGCGUGGUAUGUUGCAGCGUGUCGGGCAAAUGUAAAGUCCGGAGCAAUCAUGUCGGCACUUUCGGACACCGAGAUCCAGCGUGAGAUCGGGAUCAGCAAUCCUCUACAUCGACUUAAACUAAGACUUGCCAUCCAUGAAAUGAUAAGUUUGACGAGUCCUUCCGCCCCUCCCACCUCAAGAACGACUACUGGCAGUGUGUGGAUGACACACGAGGAGGUGGACAGUCUGACAAAUCAGAUUCCACUCACGGAUGAUGAGGCUGGGUGGGCUGAGACACUUGCGUAUGGCGAUAUGAACCAUGAAUGGAUCGGCAACGAUUGGCUUCCGAGUCUAGGACUUGCUCAAUAUCGCUCCCACUUCAUGGAGUGUCUUGUGGAUGCAAGGAUGCUCGAUCAUCUCACCAAGAAAGAUCUUCGUCAACAUCUUAAGAUGGUGGAUGGUUUCCAUCGCUCUAGUCUUCAGUUUGGUAUUUUAUGUCUGAAAAGAUUGAACUACAAUAAGAAGGAACUUGAACAACGCAGGGAAGAAUCUGCAGAUGAAGUGAAAGAUGUCUUUGUAUGGAGCAACCAGCGAGUAAUACGCUGGUUACAAGCUGUUGGUUUGCGUGAAUAUGCUGGCAGAUUAUCAGACAGUGGAAUACACGGUUCAGUAAUUGCACUGGACAACACAUUUGAUGCUGAAGCAUUCGCGUUGGUACUUCAGAUACCAAAUCAAAACACGCAGGCACGCCAAAUAUUGGAACGAGAAUUCAGCAACCUUAUUGCUUUAGGAACAGAUCGACAAUUAGAAGCUGAUGAAUCAGACUCAAAAAACUUUCGUCGCAACCCGUCGUGGCGAAAGAAACGUUCCCGUCCAGCAGUCGUCACCACUUCCCCUUCUACUAUCGCCGGCGUAAACGCUGACUCAGUAAUCGUCGGUCAGAGGCUUGAAAACCACAACUCGACGGGCUUCAGUGGGGCCGUACUUCGACCCGCGAGUCCAUUCCGACCACCCCAUCAUUUAGUAGAAGGAGUUUCCACUGCGAGGAGGGGAGAUGAUUUGAAAAAGAAAAAGAAAAGGUGAUGAAUGCUUCCACCGUGUUGCUUGUGCAUCCAAAUGCACCGGCUCCCACGUUGCCAUAACAACCACGUCAUCAUCAUGUGAUGGACAAGUUCGAUCCUUCACCUGCUAGCAGCUCCCAACACUCAAACAAAUCCUAAACGCUUUGGUCCCCAUGCGCGGUGGUCGGACGAAGACCACACGAUACGGUAACGCCUGGUGAUGUUUUGUGCUUGCCGAAAACGGGGUAAGGUCCCUUUUUAUUUUCGUUUUGUUUUUCGUUGAGUUUUUAGCUGCCCACAAACUAUUGGAGCCGGAGGAAAAUUCGGUGCUAACUUACCACUGGUAUCUGUCCUUUUAACCAUAUGGUACUGGCCGUUACUUCAUAUAUCAGUUUAGCAACCAUGCACUGCCAUUUUCACUAUUCUUCACACAUUAAUGUACAAAUGGUACACCAUAAAGCAGGCAAUGCUUACAUAUUGGCGAAUGACAGCACUACCUCCAUUGUUGAUUUUGCCAACCUUCCAAAAUAUUCGCAACUCGCUUGACUCUCUCCUGUACGUAUCGUAUCGUCCAUGGUUGCGAAAGCAACUUCGUUUUUAACUUUCUUCUGUGUUUGGUAUGUCCCGCUUUACAGACCGAUGCAGUAUUAGGCCCCUUUCUGUAAUUCGUUUUAAAACUGUGAUCCAAACAUAUUAAGUCAAUGCAACUCGCAGUACCGAGGUGCUAUCUACUGAACCAAAAGCCAUCCAUUUUGUGCAAAUGCAGUUAAAUAGUCUCUAAACCCAAUGUAUUCCAACUUUCGGGGCGUUUUAAUCCAACUCUUUCUUACCAUUUGAAUAACAUCAUGGACCGCCAUGAAAGAUAAUCGUAUUGUGCUCCAUCGUUGGUGCUCUCUCCAUCUUUCUUCCUUUUAAUUUAAAUGUUCAAGUAUUCCAUGUCUGACUUUGCGGUCGGUGGGCCGUAUAUGUCACUAUACCAACAUUUCGCGCAGCAAGUACGGUUAAAUAAACAUCACAAAUAUA